AUGUUCAAUUUUAAAUUGCUACUUUUGUUGCUGGGUGUUUCGGGGCUCUCCUUUGGCAAUAUUGUCCAGGAGCCCGAACCGGAACCGGAGACUGCCCCUGAAGAGGAAUCUGAGCCUGAAGAAACGGCGACCACACCCAAAGAUUGUAAUAUAUACUACAGGAACUAUCAGUGGGCUCUUCAGGAUUGCGUCUGCCGUUGCUUCCAGAACGAUUGCCUUAUGCAAAUAGAAAACAAACGGCGAAAAUGUGAUGGCGAAUCUCCACUUGUGCCCGUUUCGGAGGAUCUUUGCCGAAGUUUUAUUAACAAGAAAUGUAGCGUUGGAUUCCCCGUGGUAGCUGAAUUCCCCAUUCCAGCUCCUUGCGGUUGCAAUCGAAAGCCAGGAUCAAUUGCCACAGAGCGAUUUUACAGCUUGUGCCAUCUGCUGAAAUUCUCAGCUGAGAACUCAAAACCAUUCCUAAGUUAUUCUUAUUGUUGGCCCUUCUAA